AUGUCAGAGCUAUUCAGCUUUAACGCUGAAGUCGACUGUGAGGAUCAACCGUAUGGUGUGCUUGCCCAAUAUGCUCCUUGUGAUGAGCAGCCGGCUUGCGAGCAUGUUUACUGUUACGAGGAUGUUCGCUGUUUGUUAGCUCGAACAACUGCCCCAAUUCUAUCCGGGUGUCGCUCAACAACUGGACGAGAUUUAUACUGUGUUUGUCCAUAUCAGGCCACUGAGGAGGCUCCACCUGUGCUCAAAUCCCUCUUCAGUCACUUUUUUAAAAUGGCGGACAAUGCCACGAGUACUUUGAGUACAAUCGCCAGAUCAAACGUUGUCGCCGAUCAGACAACAACAACUGCGACUUCAUCCGCUACAAGCGCAUUGACAUCGAUAACAACGGAAUUAUCACGUGUAUUUGCUGCAGCUGAGACAACAACUAAAGCAGACAAAAGUGGAGGAGGGCUUGGAGGAGGAGCCAUCGCGGGGAUUGUCAUUGGGAUCUUGGUACUCUUCGCAUUGAUAGCAAUCGCCAUAUUUGUUGGUAUGCGUUACAUGAAAGACCGGCGAAAGAACCACGGCGAAUAUCGGCCACAAUGGGAAGAGGAGCAUCACGCAAAAGAUUUACCCCAUCUCACUCCACCAAAUAUUGAAGGACUUAUU